AUGAGAUUCAUCAGCGGCUCCGUGCUCGCCUUUGGGCUUGUUGCACCAGCAUUGGCAUAUCCUCACCCGUCAAAACGCGGUUCGCCCAACCCAACAAGGGCGGCAGCGGUCAAGGCCGCAUUCCAGACGUCAUGGAACGGGUAUCGCCAGUUUGCUUUCCCUCAUGACGAUCUCCAUCCAGUUAGCAACACGUUUGACGAUGAGAGAAACGGCUGGGGUUCAUCAGCGAUUGACGGCCUGGACACGGCGAUCCUCAUGGGAGCGACCGAUAUUGUCAACACGAUUCUACAGCGGGUUCCUCAGAUCAACUUUACCACCACUGCGGUUGCCAACCAGGGCAUCUCUGUGUUUGAGACCAACAUCCGAUACAUUGGUGGCUUGCUAGCCGGCUACGACCUGUUGAAAGGCCCAUUUAGCUCAUUGGUGUCGAACCAGACUCUGGUGAACAACCUCCUGACCCAAGCCCAAACCCUGGCCAACGGCCUCAAGGUGUCGUUCAACACCCCCAGCGGUGUCCCAGACCCCACGGUCUUCUUCAAUCCCACUUUCCGGAACAGUGGUGCGUCGAGCAACAAUGUUGCUGAAAUUGGAACGCUGGUGCUUGAGUGGACGCGCCUGAGUGACCUCACGGGAAACCCACUGUAUGCCCAGCUUGCUCAAAAGGGCGAGUCGUAUCUUCUCAACCCCAAGGGAAGCGCACAAGCGUGGCCCGGCCUGGUGGGAACGUUUGUCAGCACCAGCAACGGCAACUUCCAGGACAGCAGUGGCAGCUGGUCGGGGCUCUCGGACAGCUUCUACGAGUAUCUGAUCAAGAUGUACUUGUACGAUCCGGUUGCGUUUGCAAACUACAAGGACCGCUGGGUUCUCGCUGCCGACUCGACCAUUGCCCAUCUCGCCUCUCACCCAAGCACACGUAAAGACCUCACCUUUUUGUCGUCAUAUUCUGGACAAUCAACGUCGCCCAAUUCGGGACACUUGGCUAGUUUUGCUGGUGGCAACUUCAUCUUGGGAGGCAUCCUCCUGGGCCAGCAAAAGUACAUUGACUUUGGCAUCCAGCUUACCAACUCGUACUAUGCCACGUACAACCAGACUGCUUCUGGAAUUGGCCCCGAGGGCUUCAACUGGGUGGACAGCGUGACGGGCUCCGGAGGCUCGCCUCCCUCGUCCCAGUCGUCUUUCUACUCCAAGGCAGGAUUCUGGGUGUCGGCACCAUACUACAUCCUGAGGCCCGAGACCCUGGAGAGCUUGUACUACGCCUACCGAGUUACUGGCGACGCCAAGUACCAGGACUGGGCAUGGGCUGCUUUCAAUGCCAUCACCAAGGCGUGCCGCGCCGGCAGCGGGUACUCGUCCAUCAACGACGUGACACAGGCCAACGGCGGAGGAGCCUCUGACGACCAGGAGAGCUUCUGGUUCGCCGAGGCGCUCAAGUACGCGUACCUGAUCUUUGCCGAAGAGUCGGCUGUGCAGGUGAACCCCAGUGGCGGGAACCAGUUUGUGUUUAACACCGAGGCGCACCCCUUUAAGAUUCGUCAGUGA